CUUGGAGACAGCACGCGCGGAGCCGUGGCGGGGAAAUCCAUGCCAUGGCGCGAAUGCUCGUGCCGCUGCAUGCUCCACAAGAGUCGCCCUUCAAGCUUCCAGCGAGUGGCGAUUCAUACUGACCAGGAGCAAAGGAGUUCCCCGCUGGAGCGAUGGAACCGGCUCAUGAACUCAGGGCCUCUUGCUCGGUGACCAUCGGUCGCCGGCCGACCAACACACUGGUGUGCAACGACAUCUCGGUGAGCGGAAAGCACUGCGAGCUCUUAAUCGAGGACGGUACGCUGAGAGUUUCUGAUUGGAGCACAAACGGCACCUACAUCAACGACGAGCGCAUCUCCAAAGGCGAUGCUGCGGUGCUGCGGGUUGGCGAUGUGCUGUCUCUGACGAAGCCGCAUCCGCCAGGCGCACAGGACGGCACUGUGGAGCCCCCGCCGCCACGGGUGCAGUUCCGAGUGUCGGAAGGUCUGGAGAGCUUCUCUCCGGCUCCGAAGCCUCCCGCGCGCGCAGCCACCACCGCGGAGGGCUUUGCGCACGACCUGCUAAUGCAGGAACAGCAGUGCAAAGCGAAGAUCACCGGUGAGCUUCUGCUGGCCCGGCGGCGUCUGGAUGAGGAGCGCUCCAAGAGCGAGGCCAUGACCAGGGACCUCCGCAAGGCCAAGGCGGCCUUGGACGAAGAGCGGCGCCGCCGCGGCGGCGCCGCGGAGGCCCGGGAUGCCCUGCGCGCGGAGGUGGGGAGGCUCAAAGACUGCCGCCACCAACUGCCGGAGAUGCGGUCCACCCAGGAGUCCUUGCAGCAAAAGCACGAGGCCUUGGAGAUCGAGCUCACUACCCAGGCCCAGAAGGCCUGUGCCUUGGAGAGCGCGGUGCAGAGAUUGCGGGAAGAACUGGAGGAGCUGCAGGGCACAUCGGGCAGCAACCAGCUCGAGACAGCGCAGGAGACACUGCGCCAGGCCCAAGAGGAAGCCGCACGCCUAGAGCUGUCUGUCGCGGAGGCCCAGAAGCGCGCGGAAGGCGGGCAGAAGGAGGUGGAGCGUCUGCAGCAGGAAUUGAGCGCGGAGCGGGCUCGCAAGGAACGCCUGGAGGAUCGGCAGGCGCUGCUGAGCGGUGAGCUGGACCGGGCCGGGCGCGGCGGCGCCAGCGGGCAGGAGCUCCUCGCCAAGGCGAGGCAAGAGAUCCAAGGCCUGGAGGAGCGAGUGGCCAGGUGCCGCGGGGAAGCGGAGACCCAGCGGGGCCUUUCCGCCAGCGCGCGGGCGCGGCAGCAAGAGGCGCUGAAGAGCGCUGAGCAGCUGCGGGAGGCCUGCGUGCGCUUUGCAGAAGCCGUGCAGAAUUGUACAGAGAAGUGGGUGCAGGGCUUGGACGAGACACCGGCCGCGGCACCAAAGGAGGAGAAGGCCGCCGCUGCGCAGACGAAGGGGGCGGAAGCACCCGCCGUGGCCAUCGCGACAGCCGUGGCCACCGCGACAGCUGUGGCCAACGCGGCAGCCGCUGGGGCCAACGCGGCAGCCGCCGGGGCCAACGCGGCAGCCGCCGGGGCCAACGCGGCAGCCGAUAGGGCCAAUGUAGGAGCCGAGGUGGUGGACACUGCCGCCUCCCAGGCAUCCUCGCCCAGUCAGCCGCCGCCGGUGCCGCCGCCGGAGUCGUCUCCAGAAGGGGCCAGACCAGCGCCGGCGCAGAUGAACCCGCAGCGCCAGUGGAGCGUGGCGGUUCUCGGAGGUACAGCAGAGGCUGACAGUCUGGGCGUUCUGUUGGACAGCCCAAGCUCUAAGCGACGCCGCGUGUCUGUACACUAGCUUUUGCCGGCGCAAGGAGGCAGUUGCGAAGCCUGGCGGACA